AUGGCAGUGAUGAAUACAUGUGCAUACCAGUUUGCGUGUGACAACGGCCGCUGUGUCUCCUCGAGCUUGUAUUGUGACUUCAGGGAUGACUGCGGGGACAACUCAGACGAGCGAUCAUGCGUGUUCCCGCCGUGUUCCAUUGAUGAAUUCCGCUGUCAGAACGGGAAGUGCAUACUCUCCAAGUAUGUGUGUGAUCUCUUCAACGACUGUCAGGACUGGUCAGAUGAGAGAAGCUGUGAAGGGUUGUGCCAGCAGUUCCAGUGCUAUGAUGGCACGUGUCUGCCCAUGCACUGGGUGAAGGAUGGGAUGGUGGAUUGUCCUGGCGUCAAUAAAGAGGAUGAGUUGGGAGCGAAGAGGCAUCAUAUCUGCGAUUUUAAAAGAUCGAGCCCAAUAUACUGGUGGUUCACCGCUGACGACUCAAGGAAAUACUGCAAGAGAGUUCCGGAUGGUUUCGGCAAAUACCUCUCUGCACCAUCUACCAUAGAGCCAUGUGAUGAACGGGAGUGUCUUGUAGAUGAGUUUCAGUGUGGUGAUGGCGCAUGCAUAUUUGCUGAGAACGUUUGCGAUGGGACAAGAGACUGUAAAGAAGGCGAAGAUGAACACGUCUGUGAUGCAUAUUCUUGUCCAUUCUUCUUCAGAUGUAGUCAGUCACAAGUAUGUCUCAGUCCAGAUAAAAUUUGUGAUGGUAAUUUCCAAUGUCCAUUAGGUGAUGAUGAACGUUACUGUCAUAUGACAUGUCCCUCCAAGGCCGAGUGCAAGGGAACAUCUGUGAAGUUGAAUGACUUCAACAUGACUUCGCUUCAUAACCACACGCGAGAAUUAGAUAUGACUGGAGUAUACAUACCACAACUAACUGAUUUCCCUACAAUGCCUUUUCUCAUGAGGCUUUGUUUGUCACAAUGUGGCUUGAUAGUUAUUCCGGACGUAUUCAGUACACUAACCAAUCUGUUAUACCUUGAUGUCAGUCAUAACAUAUUGGCAUCGUUACCUGGGAGGGUGUUUCGAUCGCUUGAGCAACUAAUAGAACUAAAUAUAUCCGGCAAUACAUUUGAUAGGAUUAAUCCUGAAGGUUUCAAAGGACUAGGCCGUCUAGUUUCCCUUGAUAUUUCGGAAUGUAGAAUAGCGAAAUUGACACACAAGACAUUGAAGUACACCAAAGCAUUAAGAAAAUUAUUUUUGAGAGAUAAUGUCAUUGACUUUAUCGAAAACAACGCUUUUGCUGGCUUAACAUAUUUAAUGGAUCUGGAUCUUUCUGGUAAUCCUGUAGUGCAAUUUAGUGAGCAGGUGUUCAGCGGGUUGAACUCAUUAACGUACCUUUCUACAGAUAACUACCUACUUUGCUGCUCAAAAGUUCGACCUUCAACAAUAGAGGAUAACAAAUGUGAAGCACCUGUUAAUUCUCUGUCAUCAUGUAAGGACCUUAUGCAUCGAGACAUUCUUCGAGCCUUUCUUUGGAUUCUAGGAAUACUAGCCUUGUUGGGAAAUGUCUGCGUCAUCAUUUAUAGAAUUGUUGUAAACAGAAGGUCAACUACCAAUGGAUGUGAUUUCUUUGUUGUCAAUCUUGGUUUCUCAGAUCUACUGAUGGGCAUGUACAUGAUGAUCAUAGCGGGUGCAGAUGUUCGGUAUCGAGGUGUAUACGUAUGGAAUGACUAUGAAUGGCGAAACUCUGCACUGUGUAAGGUAGCUGGUGUACUGGCUACACUGUCGUCAGAAGCAUCUGUGGUGUUUGUCUGUCUGAUAACGCUCGAUCGCUUCUUGGUCAUUAAGUUCCCCUUUCGCCAGGUUCGCUUGAAUAGAAUUUGUAUUUGGAUUCUAGUAGUCGGUACCUGGGUCUUAGCGAUCUUCUUGUCUGUUAUUCCACUGUUUCCUUCGUUGAGAGGCUGGAACUUCUAUGGCAGGAACGGGGCAUGUCUUGCCCUACCUCUGAGUAAGGAAAGACUGGCUGGGUGGGAGUAUUCUGUAUCAAUCUUUAUUGCGGUCAACUUUGUCAUUUUUGUAUUAAUUGCUAUCGGUCAAUGGACCGUCUAUAGUUCUAUCAAAGAGGGGUCUUUCCUGAAGGGAAAGGAAAGGCGGCAGCAAGAUUUGAGAAUUGCAAAGAAACUGUUCUUUGUUGCAAUGACGGACUUCAUGUGUUGGUUUCCCGUCUGCAUUAUGGGAAUAGUGGCACUGAGCGGAACCUCCAUACAGGGAGAGGUGUAUGCAUGGACAGCUGUGUUCAUUCUUCCAAUCAACUCGGCCCUCAACCCUAUACUGUACACUUUACCGUCCAUCACGAGACAGAGAGCUGCGGGAACAAUGAAGACUGGAAGUAGGCCCCGAGCUGUUGUCUAUGAUGUAAACACCAGAACAUCAAUCAGUGAUGCUACUGAAAUGACCUCUGAAUCCAGAAACCUGUGACGGAAUCGACGUGCUGCAUGUAGGAUAACGAAGACAUUUUACUGUUAUUAAACAUAUUUAUAUUUUCCCACCAAGGUACAAAAAAACUUUCCUGUCUAACAAAAUACAAUCGAACUAGACAGUGUGAUGAACUCAAGGUCAAGAUAUUUUCAUUUUUUGGCACGUUGUUGUCUUGAUGUUUUCGAACGACCUAUCAAUAUGACAUAAUAAUCUUCGAGAAUAAGAAAAAUAAGAAAAUCAAAUAGUAAACCGGCAGCGUGGAGACAAAUGUUUUUUUAUUGAGGAAGUUCCUUGUACAUUAAUACAUAUCAUCAGCUGUUGAAUAGCAACGAGGUGGAUUUAAACAUGCUAAUGGAUUCAAAAUCAAUACAUGACGUGAACACAGAAGGGUGUGUUGUACACCAGUACCUCAGAUGUUAUCAGUUUAAGUACAUGUAUUGAGGCAAGGCGGUAUUGAUUUCUAUAUUUACUUGAUAUGGUCUCAUCAUGUUUAU